AUGCCGGAGCUGGCGGUGGACCGGGUGGUGGUACACCCGCUGGUGCUGCUCAGCGUCGUCGAUCACUUCAACAGAAUAGGAAAAGUUGGAAAUCAGAAACGAGUCGUUGGUGUGCUGCUGGGCUCGUGGCAGAAAAAAAUACUAGAUGUGUCCAACAGUUUUGCAGUACCCUUUGAUGAGGAUGACAAGGAUGAUACUGUGUGGUUUCUAGACCAUGACUAUCUGGAAAACAUGUAUGGAAUGUUUAAGAAGGUCAACGCUAGAGAAAGAAUAGUUGGUUGGUACCACACAGGCCCUAAACUGCACAAGAACGACAUCGCCAUCAAUGAACUGAUGAAAAGAUACUGUCCUAACUCUGUGUUGGUGAUUAUUGAUGUGAAGCCAAAGGACCUGGGGCUGCCCACAGAAGCUUAUAUUUCGGUUGAAGAAGUUCACGAUGAUGGCACUCCGACCUCCAAGACAUUCGAGCAUGUGACUAGUGAGAUCGGAGCAGAGGAGGCGGAGGAAGUUGGUGUUGAACACUUGCUACGAGAUAUCAAGGAUACAACGGUGGGCACUCUGUCCCAGCGGAUCACAAAUCAGGUCCAUGGCUUGAAGGGACUGAACUCCAAGCUUCUGGACAUCAGGAGCUACCUAGAGAAAGUAGCCAUGGGCAAACUCCCCAUCAAUCACCAGAUCAUCUACCACCUUCAGGAUGUCUUCAACCUGCUACCAGACGUCAACCUGCAAGAGUUUGUCAAGGCCUUUUAUCUGAAGACCAAUGACCAGAUGGUGGUAGUUUAUCUGGCUUCUCUUAUCCGUUCCGUGGUUGCCCUACACAACCUCAUUAACAACAAGAUUGCCAACAGGGAUGCAGAGAAGAAAGAAGGACAGGAAAAAGAAGAAAGUAAAAAGGAGAGAAAAGAUGAGAAGGAGAAAGACAAGGAGAAAAGUGAUGUCAAGAAAGAGGAGAAAAAGGAGAAAAAGUAAAAUGUGUAGGUUUUUUAUUUGUAAAUUAAAAAUCUUGUAAACUACA